UUCCUUUCCGGCCUCCUCGCAAUUCUCCAGUCCAGUCUGAGUGGGAGGAAUCCGUCUGCUUUCUCUCACAUCCCCUUCUUUCCCUCCAGGGGACGAAAGAGGAGGAGGAGGCCACGCCACGACGAGAACUCCGGCUCCCGGCUACGCCCCAGUCCCGAGUUUGUUUGGAUCCCCUGCAGUUACGUCCUGGUGUGGACGAGGAAGAUGGAGGGCUACAAGCUCUUUCUAGCGCUCCUCGGGUCCGCGCUGUUGCUUGGCUUCCUCUCCGUCGUCUUCGCCCUGGUCUGGGUCCUCCACUACCGCGAAGGACUCGCCUGGGAUGGGGACUCGGCGGAGUUCAAUUGGCACCCAGUCCUCAUCAUCACGGGCUUCGUGUUCGUCCAAGGGAUCGCAAUUAUUGUGUACAGGUUACCAUGGACCUGGAAAUGCAGCAAAGUUUUGAUGAAAUUAAUCCAUGCAGGAUUACAUACUGUUGCUCUGACACUUGCAAUUAUUUCUCUGGUGGCUGUUUUUGAUUUCCAUAAUGCUGCGAAGAUUCCUAACAUGUACAGUCUGCACAGCUGGAUUGGAUUGACUGCUGUUAUUCUUUAUGCUCUACAGCUUGUUCUAGGCUUUACGGUCUUCCUACUUCCAUUUGCUUCCACUUCUCUUCGGGCAACUGUUAUGCCAAUACAUGUUUAUUCAGGUCUUCUCAUCUUUGGAACAGUGAUUGCCACAGCCCUAAUGGGAAUUACAGAAAAACUUAUUUUUAGUGUGUAAGAAGCCUUCCUAUAGGAGUUCCCCAGAAGAAGCUAUUUUUGUCAAUGUUCUCGGUGUCCUGAUUUUCGCCUAUGGUGCUGUAGUGUUGUGGAUGGCUACAAGGCCCCAUUGGAAGCGCCCACUUGAACAGGCUUUCCAAACCCAUCAACAAAUUGGAGAAAGACUCAGUGAUGAUGACUGUCAUAGUCCAGAUUUGGAGUUCAACAGUGAUGCAGCUGCUAGGAAACGAAAUCCCAAAUUUGAUGAAGCUGGACAGAGAUCAACUAUGUAAAGAAAGUAUAUCACAGUACUUUGCAAUGCAAAAAACUUACUCUCUCUAUUCUCCCCCAGCUCUUCAACACACUAUAUAUUGCUUUCUUCAUAUUGUUAGGAUUUUUCUGAAUAAUUGACAUGAGUAGUAAAGACUUUAAUUUUAGGAGAACCUAUGUUUAUUGCUUCACGGUUCCUAUGCAGUUAUGAUACUAAAGUAACUUGUGCUGUAUUCCUCGAUAAAUUCGAUAAAAAUCUAAAAAUAUCACCAUUACAGCUUCAUGAAACAAUUUUUAAUCGAUACUUGAUUGGCGGAAGGAUCUUUAGAAGUACAAGAUUAAACAAUUAGAUUUCAGAUAUUGGAAGAAAGUUAUCAAGAAAGGGAGCACUCCAUUGAAUAAAAUUGCUAAAACUCUGAUACAUUUUUAAUGUUGUUCAGACCUGUUUCCAUAGUACUGUGGAAUUUCUGGCCAUCUUGGGAAGCUGAGUGAUUGAUUCCACAAUUGCUUCUCCUCUGCUCCAGAUUCACAGCACUUUGUCAUGAGUUGUAAUGUCACUUUCCAUUGGCAUUGUAGGAGGAGAGCUAUGUGUUCUACAGUUGAAAAUUAUGAUUAUGGUGGCCAGGGAGGGGAGGAGGGGAAAGGCAAAGCAGGUGGUUGUAUGGAUAGAAGUUAAAUGAUUAGCCUGUCUAGCUUCUUUCUUCACAUAGGUGCCAGCUUCUCAUACAAACACAUGUUCUGAUAUCACAGCAAUCUCAGACAUCGCUGCUAUAGGGCAAUCAGUAUUGAUUUUCACCAACCACGUAUAAAUGAAUAUUGUCUAUAUACAAUAUCUCCAUUAUUUGGAUUAAAUAUUCUCUUAGAGUGAUUAUAGUUUGAUCAGAUUAUAAGAGAAUGUCAUGUAAAAUAGACCUAACUAAACUGAAACUGUGUUACUCUAAACUCUUAUUCUCAGAGAGUGCCUUUUAAGCAUAUGUACAUUCAAGAGUGUUGCAGGAAAACAACGGAAACUAUUUUUGUCGUGGAUAAUAGAUGGCCAGCAUUGUAUAAGUUUGGCAAAGAACAAGACCUACUCUCUGAUCUCAUUUUCCCUAAUGUUUACUAAUGGAAGCCAUUGGAUUAAACUUUAGUUCUUCUGAAUUGAUCAGAAUUGCCACAAAUUUCAAUAAGCUGCUUAUUUGGAGGAGGAGGAGGAUGUCCCUUGUCCUUUCCUUCCCUUUCUGCUUAGGUUCCAACAUGUUUUUGGCUUUCCUAACAAACAUUUGAU